AUUUCCAGAAAGUGGAGCGGCUUUUCCAACUGAUGUGCAACUUCAUGCGGAGUUUAAGGAUUUGAUGUCUUAUUUUGUUCCUAUGCGUUAAUUUAUGUUAUCCUGACGAAACAUUCAACUUGAAGGAAGAAAAAGUAACCUGAGCUAUGUUGGAACAGAAUGCUGAUAUGUUGUCUUUACCAAAGGAAGGUAGAACCUGUUGGAUUUGUCUGAGCUCUGAGGUGGAUUGUGAUCCGGUCAACUUAUGGAGUAGACCUUGUCGGUGUCGUGGUGCACUGAAAUGGGUUCAUCAAGCAUGUCUCCAAAGAUGGAUUAGUGAACAGCAACGUAGCAGAGGGGAAUCGAAUGCUAUUUCAUGUCAGAUAUGUAACACACCAUAUAUAAUAGUUUAUCCCAAUUGCGGAUUUUUAUAUAGUGUUCUACAAUCUGUUGACCAGUUGACUCGUUCGUUAUCUUUCGUCCUCACUGGUGGAAUUAUUUUCGGGUCGUUUUAUUGGUCUGCUGUAACAUAUGGAGCUGUAACAGUGAUGCAAGUUUAUGGCCAUCGUCAAGGUUUACAAGCAAUGCGACUUACAGAUCCUCCUCUACUACUACUUGGAUUGCCAACUAUACCUUUAUGCUUAAUUCUGGCUAAGGCAAUUCAAUGGGAAGCUAGGCUCCUUAUUUUAUGGAGAAAUUAUAUAAGUCGUUUACCUUUCAUUCAGUUAUUCAGACGUAAAGAUCUUCCUACUUGGCGGCAAGCGAGUGAAGCUGAAAUAGAAUUACGCUCAGAAGUAUCUGAUAUACCACGUGUAAUCUGUAGUGCAUUAGCUUUACCAACAAUAUCUACUAUUCUUGGACGUUUAUUAUUCCAGCGGGUAGAGUCAUCUACUCGUAGAGUUUUCCUGGGGGGAUUGACGUAUCUCGGAAUCAAGGGUCUACUAACUGUGUAUUAUUGGGAGUUACGAUAUUUUCGGAUAUGUUACAGAGAAGUAAAAAAUUAUGAUGAAUAAGUAUUGUCUAUUUGCUAUGUUUCUAAACAACAAAAACUUUCUUUCAUCCACCAUACUUUUUUUCGUGUACAUACCUGUUAGUUUACACAAAUAUCCGCACAAUUUGUCUUUACUACGUAAAAAAAAUGCAACUGUUUUGACUUUGUUUAGCUGUUUUAAAACUUUCUUGAUUCUAUAUUUACUGAGAAAUUACUUUUUAAUAUUUAAUAUCUAGUAUGUUUGAGUAUUACUUUCGAGGAGCUAUACUUAACUUUGAAAUUUUUCUGAUGUCAUAUCCUCCAAAACAUGCGAUUUCAUCAAUUUUUGAUGAUUACACCUCAAGUGUAAUUUCACAGCUAGGCGUACACUAACAUAACCCUGAGUUGAUGAUAUUAACAGCUUUGAUUGCUUUACAUUGCAGAGUAUCAUUUAAUGGUCUGCUAAAUAAUAAAAAACUCAGACUGUAGUGACGCUAGUCAGUCAAACUGAAU